AUGUCGUCCCAGCCGCUUCUGCAGACCGCACCGGGCAAGCGCAUCGCCCUGCCGACUCGCGUCGAGCCCAAGGUCUUCUUCGCCAACGAGCGAACCUUCCUAUCAUGGCUCAACUUCACAGUCAUCCUCGGCGCCCUCGCCAUCGGGAUGCUCAAUUUCGGCGACCGGGUCGCCUUCAUCUCCGCCUUCCUCUUCACCGGCGUCGCCAUGUUGACCAUGAUAUACGCGCUCGUGACCUAUCACUGGCGGGCAAAAUCUAUACGAAUGAGGGGGCAGGCCGGCUUCGACGACCGGUUCGGCCCGACCUUCUUGGCCAUCAUCCUCCUGCUGGCCGUCAUUGUCAACUUUGUCCUCCGCAUCAUGGACUCGUCCAAGAAGCAGAAGCACGGCUAG